GUGAGAGAGGACAGAGAGAUGCUUUGCCAGUAAUUUCCACCGUGCCCAAUGCGCUCAUUGGUGCAUCCUUCCAACGUGUCACCAGUUUUGGUGGAUUACCCCAGAUAUCUUUACCUUCAGGAGGGUGAAACAUCACUCACUUUUCUCAGCUCCUCUCUUCAGAAGCUGCCAGUAAGGACCUCUGAUAACAUUUGGGAAACUUUCAUUUCCAAAGAACAACUCAGAGGGAAAAGGAUUUGAAGAUUUUUAUUAGCUACCUACGCACCCCGAGUGCAAAUACGCAAUUAUUUACUUAAAGCUCGACGAUGGCUACGUCUUUGUCAUUCUCAGCGUUUCUCUUGUUGACACCCUUGCUGUUUAAGGGUCUUCGGGUCAGUUGCUCCCCGGGCUGCGCGUCUUGUAGGUUGUCAGCGAUGGAUAAAGACGCAGAAGAAAGGAUGAUGAUAGAAAUCGCCAAGCAGCAACUUCUGGACAAACUGCACCUGAAAGAGAGACCAAACAUCACUCAUACCGUGCCCCGGGUAGCGCUCCUCACCGCGCUGCGCAAACUUCACUCGGGGCGCGUCAGGCAGGAUGGUACCCUUGAAUUAGAAAACAAUAUACCAACCAGAGAUCAAGGCUAUGAAAUAGUGAGCUUUGCAGAUAUAAAUGAUGCAAAGAGAAGUGAUAAGGCCAGCCUUAGCCUUACCUUUCAGUUUCUGCAGGAACGUGGCCAAAGUAUCCAGGUCCUCCAAUCCUCUUUGUGGAUCUAUGCCCGCGCCUCUGAGGACCCUCAGCAGGAUUCCCGUCUCCUUGCCCAGGUCUUCCUCUCUGCAGAUGAUGGAGUCUCAGGCACUAAUCGGACCUUGGUGAUGGAAAAGAUGCUGCACGUCAAGGAGAGUAACUGGCACACUUUCUCCAUCACCCGCACCCUGCAGGCCUUCUUGGAUGGGGGUCAACAUCGGCUCCAGCUGGAGGUCACCUGCGAAGAAGAUGGACAGAACCUUUGCGCCCUAGAUGGGUCUGCUCAAACCCCCUACCAGCCCUUCCUGGUGGCUCAGGUGCGUCUCCGUGAUGACCACUCCAAGCAUUUGCUCAGGAAGCGCUCACUGCGUUGUGGUGAUGACGUAACAGUCUGCUGCAAGAGAGACUUCUACAUCAAGUUUAAAGACAUCCAAUGGGAUGAGUGGAUCAUUGCACCUGAAGGCUACCAUAUGAAUUACUGCAUGGGACAUUGCCCCCAACAUCUGUCCGGUUCCCCAGGCAUAGCAUCCUCAUUCCAUGCCAGUGUCUUCAGCCAGCUCAAAGUCAACGGUAUUAACACAGCUACAACUUCGUGUUGCGUUCCCACCGAACGUCGACCACUCUCCAUGGUUUACUUCAACUCUCAGCACAGCAUUGUCAAAACAGAUGUCCCUGACAUGAUAGUGGAGUCCUGUGGAUGCACAUAAAUAACAGAAUAUAGAAGGCACGGUGUAAUUAAUUAAUUAUAUUUAGUAUAUUGACUUUAUUUUAUUUUGUUUUUUAUGAGAGUGUUGUAGACAAAUGAACUUAAAGAAGCACAAAACAAAUUUGACCAACUUUGAACAACAAGCUAUAAAAUGAGAACUGCCCACUGCAUAAAAAAAACUGCUGGCAAUAUACCAAAUCAAAAAAAAAAAAAAAAAAAAAAAA